GUCCAGAAGAAGCGCGACGUAAACAAAGCGAGCUACGAUUUUCAGUGGUUUUAGCGGAUAUUCUGGUCUUAUGGAUCCUCCCGAGUCUAACGGAGCGGUCAGUUCGUGUUCUGACCCGGCCGACCCGCUGACGAAGCCCCGAACUGAGCCUUUACCUCCGGCUGUGUUAGCGAGGAUCGAGCGGAACCGACAGAGGGCGCUGCUGCUGAGACAAGCGCGCCUCGCCCGCGCAGCGCCGUCUGCUGGAGACGGUGCAACCGCAGCCAAAGUGAUGAAAACCAUCGACUCUGGCGCUGGAUUCUUCAUCGAGGAAGAGGAGGAGGACAGUGAGCAGAGGACCCUGAAGGUGGUGCAUAAACCGGCCCCGGUCAUGGAGCCGGACUAUCUGAUGUGUGAGGAAUGUUCCAGACCCUUUAUGGAUUCGUAUCUCAGCAACAGCUUCGACCUGUCAGUCUGUGACCAGUGCAGAGAUAACGAAGUGAAGCACCGGCUGAUUUCUCGGACGGAGGCGAAGCAGCUUUUCUUGUUGAAGGACUGCGAUCUGGACCUGCGGGAGCCGCCGCUGCGCUUCGUUCUAAAGAAGAACCCCCACAAUCCCCGCUGGGGGGACAUGAAGCUCUACCUGAAAAUACAGGUGGUGAAGCGCUCUCUGGAGGUUUGGGGCAGCGAGGAGGCGCUGGAGGAGGCCCGCGAGAGCCGAGAGGAGAACCGGGAGGUCCAGAAACAGAAACGCUUCAACAAGAAAGUCAAAGAGUUGAGGCGAGCGGUCCGCAGCAGUAUGUUCAGGAAGGACACCAGCGCCCACCAGCACGAUUACGGUCCAGAGGAGCUGGUGGACGAAGAGGAGGAUCAGUACAGGAAAGUGUGUAAAACCUGCGGACACCAGCUCACUUACGAGAAGAUGUAGAGCCGGCUGCGCUCCAAACCGCACCCUCGCUCACUCAGUAGGGAGCAAGGAAAGAGUGAGGGAGUCAGGCCAAACAGUCGGUGCCGUAUGAGAACAAUCACAGCACUGGAAACCUUCUUUCUUGGAUUUUAUUUAUCAUUAUCUCUCUCAUCUUUCCUCUUUGUUCUGUCAUCCACACAACGGCAUGCGUCAUUUCUAUUACAAGUGGACCAGCAGAAGGAGUGAAAAUUUGCUUUUGUAAUUUUGUAAUAUUAAUAACAGCAAAUAACAUUUUCAUAAGGCACCUUUCUUUUAAGUGUAAAUCUCAAGGUGGAUCAUUAUGUGACAAAUUGACUAAAUUAGACUUUAGUACCAUUCACUCAUAAACCGCCAAAAAACAGCCCCAUACAUCCACCUAUUCAGCCUACAGCAGUUUAGCCCACUUACACCGAAAUUAGAGCUACGUUCACAUUACAAGCCUCG